GACAUCCCCCACGAGAGAAUUGGGCGAGUCCGGGUAAAGCAGAGCAGCCGUGUAUGUGUCGUAUAUCAUGCAAAAUGAGGAACCAGCGUUGCAUGAAGAAGUUGUUUAUCCUGAUCUCUGAAUAUAUUUUAAAACAGAACUUCCUUCAAAAAUACUUUUUAGUUGUGUAGUUCUUUCAAUAGUUUAAUGUUCAGACUGAAUACGGUUGCUUAUACCAUCUCAAGGAACAGAGGAAGAGGACAUUGAUCGAGCAGCCAGCCAGCAGACAGACAUCUUGAGGAGAGCAGAAGGGGACCUGCAGCCAGACAGACAGACAUCUUGAGGAGAGCGGAAGGGGACCUGCAGCCAGACAGACAGACAUCUUGAGGAGAGCGGAAGGGGACCUGCAGCCAGCAGACAGACAUCUUGAGGAGAGCAGAAGGGGACCUGCAGCCAGACUGACAGACAUCUUGAGGAGAGCAGAAGGGGACCUGCAGCCAGCAGACAGACAUCUUGAGGAGAGCAGAAGGGGACCUGCAGCCAGACAGACAGACAUCUUGAGGAGAGCAGAAGGGGACCUGCAGCCAGACAGACAGACAUCUUGAGGAGAGCAGAAGGGGACCUGCAGCCAGCAGACAGACAUCUUGAGGAGAGCAGAAGGGGACCUGCAGCCAGACAGACAGACAUCUUGAGGAGAGCGGAAGGGGACCUGCAGCCAGCAGACAGACAUCUUGAGGAGAGCAGAAGGGGACCUGCAGCCAGCAGACAGACAUCUUGAGGAGAGCAGAAGGGGACCUGCAGCCAGCAGACAGACAUCUUGAGGAGAGCAGAAGGGGACCUGCAGCCAGACAGCAGACAGACAGACAUCUUGAGGAGAGCAGAAGGGGACCUGCAGCCAGACAGACAGCAGACAGACAUCUUGAGGAGAGCAGAAGGGGACCUGCAGCCAGCCAGACAGACAUCUUGAGGAGAGCAGAAGGGGACCUGCAACCAGCCAGACAGCAGACAGACAUCUUGAGGAGAGCAGAAGGGGACCUGCAGCCAGCCAGACAGACAUCUUGAGGAGAGCAGAAGGGGACCUGCAGCCAGCCAGACAGCAGACAGACAUCUUGAGGAGAGCAGAAGGGGGACCUGCAGUCCUGCGUGGUGGAGAUUAGGUCCCAAGACUAGCAGCCCAGUAGACUUUCACCGUAAUUUAACCAGGAAAGACCCUUGAGGUUCUAAACUUUGUUGCAGAGAGCUAGUCAUGGGGAAACAGAACAGCAAACUGCGUCCCGAAGUACUGAACGACCUGCGCGAGAACACAGAGUUUUCUGACCACGAGCUUCAGGAAUGGUACAGAGGCUUCCUCAAAGACUGCCCCACGGGCCACCUGACCGUCGAAGAGUUCAAGAAGAUCUACGCCAACUUCUUCCCGUAUGGCGACGCUUCCAAGUUCGCCGAGCACGUCUUCCGGACAUUCGACACCAACGGCGAUGCCACCAUUGACUUCCGGGAGUUCAUCAUUGCGCUGAGCGUUACGUCGCGCGGUGGCCUGGAGCAGAAGCUGCGCUGGGCCUUCAGUAUGUAUGACCUGGACGGGAACGGUUACAUCAGCCGGGCUGAGAUGCUGGAGAUUGUACAGGCGAUCUACAAGAUGGUGUCCUCAGUGAUGAAGAUGCCAGAAGAUGAGUCGACGCCAGAGAAACGGACAGAUAAAAUCUUCAGACAGAUGGACGUAGACAAAGACGGCAAACUCUCUCUGGAGGAGUUCAUCAAAGGUGCCAAGAGUGACCCUUCCAUCGUCCGGCUCCUUCAAUCUGACCAGGGGACCUCUCGCCAGUUCUGAAGACACACACACAUAGUUCUGAAGACAGGAAAGUGGAGAUCACUGUAUCAUCCCCCAUCCAACACACACACAUAGUUCUGAAGACAGGAAAGUGGAGAUCACUGUAUCAUCCCCCAUCCAACACACACACAUAUGAGAAAGAGGUGGAAGAGGCACAGUUGUCAUUACAACACCCAUAUCAGGCAGCCAUUUUAUAUUCUCUCAUUCCAUGUCUUGUUGUUUACAUCAUCAGUAGUUCCCUAGCCUGAUCCCAGAUCUGUUUGUUCUCUCUAUUGCAUGGAGUUGGCUAGACAGAACAGAUCUGGGACCAGGAUAGCAGUUUCCAAUAUCCCAAUGCAGCGGUUUCAUGCAUUCUACAGCGAUAUAUGUUUUCCAUCAUGAAACAAAUUUUACACCCACAGUACCACUGAAUAGACUUAUGACAUUUCCUUGCAAAUGUUUUACUUAAUGUUUUAUUUUUGCUUGCCGUACUUUAGUCAAGGUGAAGUGCCAUAUCUAAAUAUUUGUACUGAAUGUAUUAUUACACUAAGUAUUAUGACUUUUUCCCCUGAUGUGUCACAGUAAGAAGAAAUCAACCAAAACCAAUAUUUUGUACGUCAACCUGGAGCGGCAGGUAGCCUAACAAUUAAGAGCGUUGGGACAGUAACUGAAGGGUUGCUGGUUUGAAUCACCGAGCUGACUAGGUAAAAAAUAAAUCAUAAUCUGUCGAUGUACCCUUGAGCAAGACACGUAUCCCUAAUUAUCUGCUAAAUUACUAACACGUAAAAACCAUGGGUCGUCUCAUUGCGACCUUUGCUCUAAAUGUAAUAUUAGUUAGGAACAUUCAAAAAUGUUUUUCACUAUAUACCGUUUCUGCAGCACAGGAAUUUUGAAAAUGAAUGUUUUAAUACCCAGCUGUAUAGAAAGUUCCAGUGAUGUUGUAUUAAAACCAGUAUAUUGUAA